AUGACUAGCUUAAGACGUAUCAAAAAGAGUGGUCCUUGUGCUCUACAAAGUUUAGACUGGGACUCGCCGUCUGUAGCGACAGGGACAGUGAAAAGAAGAUCCUCGUGUCCAGAGGAUUCAAAGAAAAAAGGAAGAAAUGUGGACGCUGUGUUCGAUGAAACUCCUUCGGAUUCUGGUAGUGGCACGUCCAGAAGCGUGGACGACGAUAAGUCAGAUGGACUUAUCGAUGUUGAAGAAAGAAUAUCUUCUAUGAUAAAUGAAAAUAGAUCAUCACAAAGCAAUUCCGACACCAGUGAUGUUGAUAUCAUUUUUGAAACUAUUUUGGAAAAUUCUAUAGAUGUAGACUUACUCGCUCAAAAUAAUUUAACAAGAUGUGAUAGUAGCAAAACUGUUGUGAAGUCAGAAGAUACGUUAUUAGAUAGCAAAAACUUAAAUAUUCAAGAUGGACUAAGAAAAUCGAGAGAAAAAAGACUAAGCAAUCCAAUAAAUAUCAAAAAGCUCAAUAAAAAUGUAGAUGUUAAGAGUGGUAAAGGUUCAAAAUUAGGUAAAUUAGAUACUAGUGUUUUACCGGUUUAUAAAAGCGCUGUUCAAGAAAACACAGAAGAUCUAAGUAAUGUGCAAAAGAAAAGAAAUUCAAAAUUAAAACUACCAUUUUCACCUGUCAAAACAAUGGAUAAACCCAAAAUUCAUUUUUUUCAAGGCAAAGGUACUGCGCAAGAAAGUAAACCCUCUCCAUUGCUAUCUUCGCCGGUAAGAAGAACAAUAUCUAACGAAUAUGUUCGUCUGAAGUUCAGUAACGAUACGGUUAUCCGAAGAACUAUCGGAGGCAAGUCAGUACAAAAGAUUACUCCUAAAAUCCAAUCCAUUAUACCCGAAAGUCCUAUAGACAACGAAGAUCCAUUCUUAAACUUAAGUCCAAAUAAAAAAUAUACAGUAACCGUUAACAACAAAGUAAGGUGUGACAAAGAUAACUAUGUCAUAUUUGAUCCUUAUACUGGUUUUAAAUCUGAUGAAGGAACUAAACAAUCAAGGUUACCAUCGAAAGCUGGGGACAGGUCGAAAAUACCUCUUAAGUCGCCUGUUGGUGAAAAAUUUAUACCUCCGAAGAAUUUGAAUGUUAGUGACACAGAUAGCGGUAUUUUAUCACCGAAUUCCCCCGGAGAGACUAGUGAAAAAGGAUCCGCUCAUUACGUUAACGCUGCAGUUUUUAGUGCGUCAGCAAAAAAAUGUGCGUCGGCUCUGGACGUCACAAUAUUGGAUCCUGCAGUCGCGAAAAAGGCAACAGAACAAAUUAAGUAUCCGAAUCCGUAUCCUGCGGAGGGCGGCAUCGAUCCGCCCCGUGGCAGUCGUUGUUCGUUCCUCAAACGCGCUGCCGCCCUGAAGGCUGCGUGGCGGGAAAAUUACGUUCGCAUCUAA